AAAUCGGCUGCAAUGACGAGAAACGGGAAACGCAACAAGACGAGUUUGCAAAAUCCCACGGAUGUCAAACUGCAAGGUUUUUCUUUUGUCGCAAUGGCACGAGGUUGGAAUCGGCGGGGGCUUUUGGGAGGACAAGCCGAGGUCAGGUUAUGACAGCCUUUAUUACACGACUCUACUGCACCGGGAUCAGAACAUUAGACAUUUAAGAACCACAUGCCCAUCUCUGACUACAGGAGGCGAUAUACUCGGAGGUUCAAGUGAAAGGCGCAACACACAUACAAUGUGAUAUUAUCAUUAGAAGGUGGGCCGGUCGACUUGCACCCACUUGUACGUGUCAUGCGUUCCGAUGUGCUACCAGUCUCUUAAAAUAAUUAACAUUAAGUUUAUAUAGCGCCUUUCCAAUACUCAAAGCGUUUCACAAAUAUUUAAAGGAAUACAACAGAUAUAAAAAUCAAAGAAGACAUUAAUAACGCAGAACACAAACUAAUGUCAAACUUUGUUCCGUUUGCUACCCCUCGACGUAUCUGCGCUUGCUUGCCCGCUACUUUUAGUCUGACGUGAAGGCAGCACAGUCGACUACUGCUGGCCGCCACAUCUCAAAAACGGGCUCACUUCGGACCUUCAAUUCAAUCUCAAUGUGGAGUCACCGCCCCCUGCAGCGCACGUCCGGGCGUCCUGUCUCACCUCAGCUUUCAUCUUCCAAAUCCACUUAAUCCACACUUUCUAUCUAAAAUGAUUAUCAAAUCAGAGCUUUCCCCACACUGUUAAUCUGUUGGGAUAAUUGGCCUAGGGCUGCACAAGACUCAGCCUGCAUUUGUAAGUGGCAUAUAGCGCCUUCACACGCCUCCUGAUUACUGGGGACUUUUAUUUAUGUUCGCACGUGCAAUCCAGGAUCACCUUGCAGUGAUAUAGGGCAUCAUGAUUAUUGGAAUUUUAUUUUAUUUUUCCUUCAGUGUGAGGACUGGCAUGGAAACGCCUCCUUCAAGGCAACAUGGGGAGUCCAGAUUAGUGACUGAACCCUCAGCCUGAAACUGCCAGCUUUAAAACGCUUCUCAGGGAAACACUUUCUAUAUUUCUCCAAUGUUAGUCCCGACUGGAUGAGUCACUUGCUCAGGGUCACCUUAGACUAGUCAGCAAAACCAGUUAAUCCAUUAGGUUAACAGAGGUGGACACCCGUCAUCUGAGGGGCUCCAUUUAUGAAAUUUAAGAGGCACAUGUUCCAGAAACUGCUGAGAGAGACCACUCACACUCAUCGAAACUUAUGGAUAACAAGGGCUUUGACCAGCACUGUUCGUCAGGUCAAGUGUCAUUUAAGCAAAACAAUUUUAUCAAGUGCUUUUCCAUGGAGAAAGCUGCCUACUUUCUUCUACGUGGUGAAUUCUGGAUGGUAAAUCGAUGGAGCUCAGACGCCAAUUGAAGGCUCCAUUCUAGCUUCCCACCUGUUUCAAACCCAUCCAUACGUAUUUUGAGCCUCAUUUCAAACCUGACACAUCUCAUGAAGCUGAAACCUACCACAGCAGCAAUGGAGGAAAGGCAGGAAUGAACCUGAAACUGCUGCACCUCCAUUAGACUCAUACGGGUGUGUUUUUGAGGUAGAUGAAAACCAGAAUCCUGUGAGAAAACACACAUACUACAGACAGUGGCUUGAACCCUGAUCACUGGAGUUAUGAACCAAAACCAUUGUGCUGGAGAGCAUAUUGAGAAGACAUGCUGCCCAGCAAUAGAUGAAAUGACCCAUAUGCAUUACAUACAAGGAGCUGAACCCUGAGCCCAGGAGGUUGCCGAAAUGUGAUGAAGUGUAAUGCCUCGGAGCAGUGCUGGUUUGUGAAGCACGUGAAGGACUGCAAGAACAAUGAUGGCUUCAUUGACUACCUGCAGGGGGCGUUCUGCACCUUCCCCCACCACCUUCUUCCACUGGCAGUGAUUCUCUAUAUCUGCUGGCUGCUCUUGCUGUUUUUGAUGCUCGGAGUGACCGCGUCCAACUUCUUCUGUCCCAAUCUGGCAGCCAUCUCCAGUAGCCUGAAGCUGACCCACAAUGUUGCUGGAGUAACCUUCCUCGCAUUUGGAAAUGGAGCCCCCGAUUUAUUCAGUGCAGUGGCGGCCUUUUCAGAUCCCCGGACGGCAGGGCUGGCCAUAGGAGCGCUUUUUGGCGCAGGCAUUUUUGUCACAACUGUCGUGGCUGGUGGAGUAGCUCUUGUGAAGCCCUUCACCAUGGCUUCCAGACCGUUCCUGCGUGACGUCAUCUUCUACAUGGUGGCUGUGUUCUGGACCUUUUUCAUCCUUUACAUUGGGAAGAUUAACCUGGGUGAAUCUCUAGGUUACAUCGCCCUCUACAUCCUGUAUGUGUUCAUAGUGAUAAUCAGCACGGUGAUCUACAGUCGACAGAAGAACCUGGUCCACACCCCACUUCACAGAGGCUCCCCAGAAUCAGAUUUGCUGCAGGACUCAGAAGACUCGGGUAUCCUGUCCUCAAAUGGAACCAUUCAGGACUAUGCAGAUAAUGAGUACCAGCCACUGCUACCUUACACAGAGUCCACAGUUCAAAGCUUUCUGAGCUCCAUUAACCCCCUGGACAUUCGGAAAUGGCGGAGAAGGAAAUGGUACCAGAAAGUCAUUAAGGUGAUCAAGUUGCCGAUGGAGUUCAUCCUGCUACUUACAGUGCCAGUGGUUGAUCCAGACAAGGAGGAUCACAACUGGAAGCGGCCUCUCAAUUGUGUCCACUUGAUCACCGGGCCACUGACCUGCAUUAUGACCUUCAAAGCGGGCACAUAUGGACUCUACCGCAUCUCAGGGGACUUUCCUCUGUGGGUCCUUGUCCUACUUGUUGGGCUUUUCCUGGCGGGCAUCGUGUUCUUCACCACCACCAACCAGGAGCCUCCCAAGUAUCAUUUUGUGUUUUCGUUACUGGGCUUCCUGGUCAGCGCCAUGUGGAUCAGCACGGCAGCUACAGAGGUGGUGAACCUCCUGCAGACAUUUGGUGUGAUCUUUAACUUGAGCAAUACGGUUCUGGGCCUGACGCUUUUGGCCUGGGGGAACAGCAUUGGAGAUUGCUUUUCCGACAUCACCAUAGCACGGCAGGGUUAUCCACGAAUGGCUAUAGCAGCCUGCUUUGGCGGAAUAAUCUUCAAUAUGUUGCUUGGAGUCGGCAUCGGGUGCUUGCUGCAGAUGCCUGGCGGUGCAAACGUGGUAAAGCUCCAACCAGAAGGUCUCCUCGUCUGGAUCCUCGCUGGUGCCUUGGGUCUCAGUUUGGUCUUCUCCUUCAUUCUCGUCCCAGCGCAGUGCUUUCGCGUCAGUCGAACGUACGGCAUCUUCCUGCUUUUGUACUACAUGAUUUUCCUGGUUGUGGCACUCCUUACAGAAUUCAACAUUAUCCACUAGUCGAAGACCCUGAUCUCCUGGUUUGGCUUGCCUUUUUCUUUAGAGGGAUGCAAGAGGCCUUGCCUUCUCUUUCAUACAUGGGGCAUUCCCUUCACGCUGCCCAUAUACCCAGUAGACAAGGUCAGGAAACUCUAACAGGGUCUGAGAACUUGCAGGGAUAAUUCAGCCUAUUCGCUGGAGUUUUAUUAUCUCCAUUGGGAGAUGAAAGCAGCCUUCAGACGUGAAGACUUCUAGAAGCGGCUCAGCCAAUGACACGUGCCGUGAGACGGAAUGUUGAUCCCGCAUCUAUUUAUUCUGAUUUUUUUUUUUUCUUCCCUACGUCUUUCUAAUUUGCACAUUUAGUUACACAAGUUGCAAGUGUGCAGGUACACGAGAGGAUAUUAUUUUGGACAUUUUUAAAUGUUUUAAUCUAUUCAACUUUGAUAAAGUCAUUCAGAAGUAUGGUAUGUGGAAAACUAUCCAUGGAUCUUUUUUUUUUGUUUGUUUUACUUUUUAUCAACGCGGAGACAUACAUUUUUGAAUCUUUUAAUUGGAUAUUUACUUUAUAAAAGUGAAGCUCUGCUGUAUUUUGAGAUGAAAGGCUGUAACAUCAAAUAAGAAAUACAAACAGCGGAAUUUAAAUGUAAAAACUGCCUAACCAACUACCUACUGGACUGUUUUACUGGAAACGUGACUGUUAUAGUCGAAGCCAUACUGGCAUUUAUUUUAAAAUUUUUCUGAAUAUUAUUUUAAAAUAUGUGUGGAGUAGAGACUCUUUAUUUUAUUCAGGUAGCUACUAACUGGCAAUCUCAUGAUUUGCCAUUGGAGAGCAGUAUUCACCUGAUUCUUAGGUAAAUAAGGAAAAUGCUGGGAUGAGUCGACGAGACCUUGAAUGCGUUCUUGACUCGUGUGUACAAAGCAAGCCUCCUUACCCCACCCCAAGCAAUCACGACGUGGGUAUGGGUGUCGUGGUGUCCCUCUUUUAAUGUGAUCUUUAGGGCCCAGGGUCUACCUGUUUACAUAUAAAACACUGUCAGUGUGCAUAACUUACCAAAUGAAAAUGUAGCUUUGCACACUUGCUGAUAAACUACAAAGUAAGCUAAAUUUAUACAAUCUUUGUUACUUUUAGAGGAGUUUUUUUUUUUAACUCCUGUUGUACACUGUGAUUUGCACACAAGUAGAAAUGUAUAGUUUUUUCUAUUAAAGGUGAUAAAAAAUUUAAAA